CUUAAACACUCUUGACCACCAACACACAGUUCUUAGAUCCUGAUCCCACCAUGAUUACCUUCAACGACGGCGCUAUUGUAUACCGCUACGACUCCGAAAUAGUUCGACUGGAGCCUUGGGGAGAAAAUGCAUUCCGUGUCCGCGCAACCAAAAUUUCGACUUUCCCAUCGGAGAAUUGGGCAUUGGAGGUCCCUGCAAAGACGCAACCAUCGCUGUCGAUGAAUGACGAGGGGGCAAACAUAGUGAAUGGGCGAAUAAAAGCUACGAUCACACAUGGUGGCAAGAUCACGAUUGAGAACCACGAAGGAGUCGUUUUGCUGGAGGAGUACUCGCGCAAUCGUCGUGAUCCUACAAAUCCCAGAUGCAGUGCACUUGAGAUCGAAGCACGGCAAUUCCGCCCGAUACUCGGUACGGAAUCAUUCCAUGUGACCAUGAGGCUGGAGAGUCUGGACGAGAACGAAAAAUUGUUUGGUAUGGGACAGUACCAGCAACCGCAGUUAAAUUUAAAGGGUCAUGAUCUUGAGCUUGCACACCGCAAUUCUCAAGCCAGUGUUCCUUUCAUGCUUUCAUCGCGAGGCUAUGGAUUUCUUUGGAACAAUCCUGCAAUUGGUCGGGCGGUCCUAGGAUCAAAUGUCAUGACAUUCGAGGCAAAUUCCACUACAGUUUUAGACUAUUGGAUCAUUGCUGGAUCAACGCCGGAAGAGAUAGUUCAAGGUUACGCAAGCGCGACUGGAAAGGUUCCCAUGAUGCCGGAGUUUGGCCUCGGCUUCUGGCAAUGUAAACUUCGAUACCAGACCCAGGAGGAGUUACUUGAAGUGGCCAGAGAAUACAGGAAGAGAAAUUUGCCAAUUGAUUUGAUUGUUAUUGAUUUCUUCCAUUGGCCAUUGCAGGGAGAGUGGAAAUUUGAUCCAACCUACUGGCCCGAUCCAGAUGCCAUGGUCAAAGAGCUGCAAGACCUCAAAAUCGAGCUCAUGGUGUCAGUUUGGCCCACGGUAGAUAAACGAUCGGAGAACUACCAAGAGAUGCUUGAAGGUGGACAUUUGAUUCGUGUUGACCGUGGCAUACGCACUGCGAUGGAUUUUGAAGGCGACACUGUUCAUUUCGAUGCAACAAAUCCAGAAACACGCAAAUACGUAUGGGAGAAAUGCAGAGAAAAUUAUUUCAAGAAAGGAAUCAAGGUGUUCUGGCUUGACGAGGCUGAGCCCGAGUACACUGCCUACGACUUUGAGAAUUACAGAUACCAUCUAGGUUCCAAUAACACUAUCGGAAACAUCUACCCACGGGACUAUGCACGAGGAUUCUUCGAAGGGAUGAAAGAAGAGAUGGGCCAUGGAAAUAUCGUGAAUCUUUUGAGAUGUGCUUGGGCUGGUAGCCAGAAAUAUGGUGCACUUGUAUGGAGCGGCGAUAUUGCCUCGUCGUGGUCGAGUUUUCGCAAUCAGCUCGCUGCAGGCCUGAACAUGGGCAUAUCAGGUUUACCUUGGUGGACAACUGAUAUAGGGGGAUUUCAUGGAGGUGAUCCCAAUGAUCAGGGUUUUCGUGAAUUGUUUGUGCGAUGGUUCCAAUGGGGCACAUUCUGCCCUGUUAUGCGCCUCCAUGGCGACCGCGAACCGCGCCAGCCCAUAAUAUACCCAGGAGCUCCUGGGGGCGCAACCUGUCGAUCCGGGGCAGCUAAUGAGGUCUGGUCGUAUGGAGAAGAUGUCUACGAGAUUUGCAAAAAGUAUCUUCUCAUACGCGAAGAAUUGCGAGACUACACUCGCGAGCUGAUGAAAGAAGCACAUGAGAAAGGAUCUCCGGUCAUACGGCCCCUCUUCUAUGAGUUUCCACAGGACAAAAUCUGUUGGAGCAAGAACGAGCAAUACAUGUACGGCAGUAAAUACCUUUGCUGUCCUGUCAUGGCUGCCGGAUUGCGGACAAUAGACGUAUACUUGCCCCACUUGCCGGACGCGCAGUUGUGGAGUUCUUGGGAGGGAGGAAAGACGUUUAACGGUGGCCAGCAUGUGCAAGUGAAUUGCCCAUUAGAAACAAUGCCUGUAUUUGUUAAGCAAGGGUGAGCUUAGCUUUACCAGAAUGAACUAUCCAGUGUGAACAUACCUCAAAUUGACAUGCCAUUUCUAGAUCACUUAGACAUAUAAAUAGUAAAGCU